AUGUCAACACUCCCACAUGCCUCAAACUCUGAGACUGCUCUGAAUAACCAGCAUUCAAUGGGAUCCAUCUUUUCUAUCAAGGCUGCACCUCUGGUGACUGCUGGAUCCCUCGGAGAAGCCAUGUGGAUAGCGUCUUUGCGGGCAAUGAUACAGAGCCCUUCCUAUGAUACCGAAAACACUCAGGACUGUGGAUCUGUGGUACUCUCGCAAUACAAGGAUCCCUUCAGAUACCUUAGCGCCAUGUUCCCAACUGAACGCCAUGAAGUUCGACUGCUAUCCAAGCCUGGAUUUGGCUCUGCGUAUACUGCAUACACUUGUUAUCUUACAGUGCAGAAAGUCUGUGAUGCACUUGGCCUUGAUAUGCAAAGUCAAAUAGUGGUCACAUCAGCAGGCGUAACACGCAAGGAUGUUAUUCAUUGGACUGGGGCACAAGAAGGAACAUUUGCGAAUCAUAGGAAGGACAUUAGAAGGUCAGAGGAACUGCGUCUGAGGUUUGGAAGAGCAAUUUCUCUUACUGCGAGAAAGAAAUCUCUGAAGCUGUUGCUCAAUAACUUUGUCAUUUCUCCCACUGUGCAUCUAGCUAAACCCAUUGGUGAAAGAGCUCCGGAACUUCAGUAG